CAUACGUAAUGCCCUCGGAAACUCGCGUCCAGCGGGCAGAUAUAAGCAAAAUUUUUCAUAUGACACGAACUCACCUCAUGCACUCCCAGGGAAUUCGAGUACCGCACUUUUGGCUUUGCAGCAUUGUUGAAAGGACUCAACGACUUUAAGCUCAGCGAGAGUUAAGGCGCGUUUUAUAAAACUGCUGCUCUAACGAAGCUCGUUAGCACACUUCAGUAAGAAGAUUGUCUGCUGCAGUAGAGACACCUUCAGACGACGACGCAGCAAAUGGAACUAAUGAGUCCGUUGUUGUUCUACGCGAUUUUACUUCCUACGGCUUUAGGUCGUUUGCUUUUUAAACCAGAUUGGGAACCGAAAUUGAACCAUUCCAUUAAAACUCGACACAACCCGACAGCACAUAAGAAGCUUCUUCUUAACUUUAAUGGGAUACCGUUGGUUAAUGUCAUUAGUGAAUUACAAUUAGUAUUCAACGAUGUUAACUGUCAAAAAUGUACCGACUGCAUGGAAAGAGCUGUGAAAGCAUUUAUAAUCAAUCAACACAUUAUCAGUAGUCGACCGAACCUUGAAGAUUUUCAGAAUGAUGUACUUUACGAAAAAUUAAACAUUAAUCGAAAUAAAAGAGACGCUAAUAAAAAAGUUGAUGCACCAAAUGAAAAGAAUACCAACAAAGUUAAAACAAAGAGAACCAAAGCGAACAAGAUCACGGUUACAAAAUACGAUGUAGACGGUGAAGUUUACGCUUUGAAAGUACAUGAAACUAUUCAUUUAAAAGAAAAAGCCAAUAAUACUAUUACAAGCUGUCACGUAUACGGAGUCAAAAAAUCGUUUCCAUGUGAGACUCCCGAAGCUAAUUCUAUAGUAAUUAACCUCACUAGAAAAAGGAAAGCCAACAAAACGAAGAAAAUUAAAGAAAAAACUAUUGUUGUUGGGACCACAAAUAGAAUUCCAGCAAUGUUUAGAAAAAGACAACUAGACGAUUCACAAAUACCAGAACAUUUUAGGACCUCUAUCGAAGACUUUUAUUAGAAAUCCUACCGAAAUAGACGACGUAUUCUAAUAGUAUUAGUCUUAGUAGUAGUGGUAUUAUAAUAAUUCACUUAAAUUAAUAGAACAUAAUAUUAUAAUAUCAUACAACUGAAUAAUUUGUUGGUGAGUUUAAAAAUUCACAUAGUUACCAGACUAAUAUCUGAAAUCACUGUAUUAAUUUGAAAAUAGUUUGUAAUAGUGUGUUCAGAUAAUUUGUUAAAUAAUUUUAUUAUAGUUGGUUGAAAAAUAUUUACUAUAAAAAAAUGGUAUCAUAAGUAAGAAGUGCUGAUGAAAUGAACACAUUAUUACGUGGGUACACGGUCUUAUUUUAAUAUGAAUACCUGGUAUCCACUCGGUACCUAUGGAUGGUUAUUAAAUACUAGGUAUAUAAAAUAUGUAAACAUAUCGUCAUUGCCCUUAACUACGGGCAUAUCCAGAUUCUCGUUAUUGGAAACCCACGCAUCCCAAUAUCAUUACAGUAAGUGGAAUUAUAAUGUGCGGUGAGACCAGGUGUUCUGGUUUGCGGUUUGAUUAAUUAUUAGUGUAUGUUGCAAUCAUCUCGUGAUCAGUGAAAAUAUCGCUUGGAGCACUUCAUACGGUUCAACUUCAAAACAAAGUUGAGACUUUAAAUUUGUAGGUGGGAUUUAUAUAGAAAUAGAUAUAUAUGGGCGCAGUUGGCUUUUAGAAGAAAAAAAAAUCGAGAAAUAAUAAUAAUAGGCACCGAUUUUAAAAAGAAUUAAAAUCCUACUCUACUUGAAUAUUACGUGGCGAAUUCUCUGAGGACUUAACGAGAUAACAUCAUGAAGAUUAGAUGUCGUCGGACGAUAAAGCCCAUUAUGCACGGCUUUUACCAGUCUCUUGGUUUUUAUGGGAAGAUAUUGCCAACUUGCUCAAUGGGACCGAAGUAACUAUUUCAGUCCAUAUUCUUAACAUCAUCAAUUUACAGUUUUAUUAUUUUGUAUAUAUAAGUUUGUAUUUAAAA